AAAUGCUCAGCCCUUUCUGUGGAAGAGAGAGAUGCACCAGCCCUUAUCCCUCUCCUCUCUGGUCCUCUGUCUCCAGGUGGGAAUCUCUAUGCAGGAGUCCAUGUUGAUUUCAUGGGGACGGACGCAGCCAUUUUCAGGACGAUGGGCAGCAGGCCAGCAGUCAGGACUGAACAGUACGACUCUCGCUGGCUUAAUGAGCCUGUCUUCAUCCAGGUGCGGAAGAUCCCAGACAGCACGGAGAAGAACGACGACAAGCUGUACUUCUUCUUCCGGGAGAAGUCGCUGGAGUCCGGGAGCAGUCCCAGCGUCCUGUCCAGAGUGGGGCGCGUCUGCCUGAACGACGACGGGGGUCAGAGGUCACUGGUGAACAAGUGGACGACCUUCCUGAAGGCCAGGCUGGUGUGCUCGGUCAUCGGGGACGAUGGCGUGGAGACGUACUUCGACGAGCUGCGAGACGUGUUUAUCCAGCCCACUCAGGACGAGCGGAACCCGGUGGUGUACGCAGUCUUCUCCACCGCAGGCUCCGUGUUCAAGGGCUCGGCGGUGUGUGUGUACUCCAUGGCCGACAUCCGCAACGUCUUCAACGAACUGCUGGAGACCCGGACUGUCCGGCCGUUCAGCUUCUCCUUCAAUACCAGCGACUACCGGAUUCUCCUGAUGGACCAGGACCAGGGCCGCCUGUACCUGGGCAGCCGGGAGUUUGUGGUGGCUCUGGACAUGCAGAACAUCAACAAGGAGCCGCUCAUAAUCCACUGGCCUGCCUCCACCCAGAGACAAGCGGAGUGCAGGAUGGCAGGGAAAGGGGAACAGGGUGAGUGUGCCAACUAUGUGCGUCUGAUUGAGCCCUGGAACAGGACCCACCUGUACAGCUGUGGCACAGGAGCCUACAGCCCUGUCUGCACCUACAUAAACAGAGGCUGGAGGGCAGAGUGCUCUCAGUGUCCUGGCGGGACCUUCACCCCUGGGGUCCGGACCACCAAAGACUUCUCAGACGAGGUGGUCAACUUCAUCCGCACUCACCCCCUGAUGUACCUGUCUGUCUACCCUCUGAACCGGCGCCCUCUGGUGGUGAGGACUGGGGUGGACUACCGCUUCACCACUAUAGCAGUGGACCUGGUGGAUGCAGUGGAUGGGAGAUAUGAGGUCCUCUUCCUCGGCACAGACCGGGGGACCGUCCAGAAGGUCAUCGUCCUGCCGAAGGACCCCAGCACCACUGAGGAGCUCACCCUGGAGGAGGUGGAAGUGUUCAGGACUCCAACUCCAGUCAGAACGAUGAGGAUAUCAUCCAAAAGGCAACAGCUCUACGUGUCGUCAGAAAGCGGGCUCUCCCAGGUCUCGCUGCACCGCUGUGGUGCCUACGGAAAAGCCUGUUCGGAUUGCUGCCUCGCCCGAGACCCCUACUGCGCCUGGGACGGGGAAAGCUGCUCCGCCUUCACCCCCGCCACCAAGAGGAGGAGCCGACGGCAGGACAUCAAGCACGGGGACCCCUUGCGCCAGUGCCGGGGCUUCAACGCUAAAGUGGAGAAUCGGCUCCGGGAAACGGUCCAGUUCGGCGUGGAGGGCAGCAGCACGUUUUUGGAGUGCCAGCCGCGAUCGCCGCAGGCCACCGUCAAGUGGCUCUUCCAGAGAGACAGCGCGCAGCGCCGGAAAGUGCUGAACCGGGACCGGCAGGUGCUGAAGACGGGCCACGGGAUCCUGCUGAAGGCGGUCCGGAGAUCGGACGCCGGGAUCUACCACUGCCUGGCGACGGAGAACAACUUCAAGCACACGGUGGCCCGCGUGGCCCUCAGGGUCCUGGACCGCGAGAUCAUCGAGGCCCUCACGGCUUCCGACCUCCCAGGGCCCGCCCACUCCUCCGCAGAGGCCACGCCCCUCCGCGGCUCCCCGCCCCCACCCCCUCACCUCGUGGGCCAGUCGGAGAUCCGCCUCAUCAACCAGUACUGCGAGUCGUACUGGCACCAGCUGAGCCCCGCCCAGAGGCCCAAGCGCACGAACAGACGCCACGUAGACAGCGACCAAAUAAGAGACUAAAAACACAGCCACCUGACUGUUAAACAAGAACCGUCACUUUAUAACUAAGAGUAACUGAGCUUCACUGUUCUGUUGGUCUUUUCCUGUUGAACUCCUGAAGGGGCUCGCCAGUGGUUGCACUUCCCAAUCUGCACAUUAACUGGUGCUGUGACAAAGGAUUUUGGGUAAUUAAUUGGGAGCUAAUUAGCGUUUAUUGUGACUAGUUUUCAACUGGAGGUGCUUUUUUAAGGAGCUCCACAGAAUCCCUUUCAAUUGCCCUUCAGCUCUGUUGAUUAAAAACUGACCCUGCUUAGAGGCGACACAUUUUAACAAGACAUGAGAACUGUUAAAAAUGGCACCUUCAAAUAAAAACAAAAACAGACGUUAUGCAAACUAUUUGCUCAUUAUUACUCAGUGACCAAUUGAUCUGAGGUCACUGUUGACGGAAAGAGACGUGCCCACCGUGCCUCCGACUUUGUCCGAUAUCCCAUCAUGUCUCCGACUCGAGCUCCACUUUUCCGACACCUCCCCUUCUUGAGCUCCGCUUGUCCGACACUCCACCACGUCUCUAACUCGAGCUGUGUCUGACUCAAGAGCCAAAACAAAGUGCCUUCCAAAACUGCCUAAAAUCCUUUAGCACAACAGAAUGGGAAGACUGCUGAUGGUGGAGCAGAACCCUCUGGCUAAAAGGAAAGACUACAAAGCAGAAAAGGCUCAGUCACUGUGUCUUGAACUACUAAGCUUUGAGGGUGUUGUAGUCGGUGAGCUCUUUCCAUUAGAGUCCACUUGCACCUCAGUUACUGAUCCGUUCCUGUCUCAAAGAUAGAAAUUCUGGGAUAAGCCGUGAAAUCCAGAGGUCUUGAACCCGGUGUCUGGAGGGGGGUGCGGUGUUCAGCCCCUGGAAGAUACAGACUUGAGGUGAGCCGGUCGUGUUCGCGAGUCCUGAUACUGAUGGCAUGGCUGGGGAUUCGAACCUUGUUUGAAUUCGCUACUGUGACUCCUUUGUAACACACCGCUGUUUUUACCUGUGAUGAUGCUGCAGUAUUUCUGCAGCUACUCUGGUGUCCAAAGCGUAUCCCCACCCCUGCAGUGUGGAGGACUGGCAAUCUUUCUCACUGCUCCACUGGGCUGCUGGUCUCACUCAGAACCAGGAGGCUGUGCUGCUCUCCCAGCAAAUCCACUGGCUACCUGUUCACAAGCACGUGCUGCUCAAAUCCACGAGGAGAAAGCUGGGUGUUCAAAUCCAGGGGAAGCCUUUAGAAUUUGAGAAUAAGAAGUACGAGGGUUUGUUGUCCUUUAGAUGGUUUCAACUGUGCAGAGAGGGCAGCAACCUUCACCAGUGAGAAGAAGAAUGAUAGCACGCAGUCGUCAAGAAUCACGAUGCUCUUCUCUGGGUGCAAACAUGCACACUGCCAACUCAUAUGUAAAAAUCUGCAGAUCUAGCAUACCUGAUGGUCAGGGUAACAAACAGCAGCUUUACUUGGGACUGGGGGUUCUUCACUCAGUGAGCACCCACCGAGGCCCACCUGGGUGGGGCACAGACCCCAGCUGUCCUGGGAGGACAUUGCCGUAUGCAGCUGGUCUAGAGGACCGCCUGCCAGAUUCAAAGUCGCCUGAGCGUUUCAUUCCUUCCCCUUCUGAAGAAAGUGAUUAAUUUGUCUCUUUGUUGAUUCUGAGCUUGGAACCCUUGGGCAGGCCCAGCUGACCUGCGAGCUGCUCAGGCUGACUGGGGCAGGCACGCAGGAGCAGCACAGGGUAAAGAGCAGAGAGCUUAGCUCUCACACCCGGGGCUCAGAGACACUCCCUCUCCCACUUCAUUCCUCUCGUGAAAUCAAAGACACAGCCUUCUGCUUCUGUGCCCUGUGCAGUCCACAGCCAGCAGUUGUGGUAAAAUUGUCACUCAUACAUUGAAAAAGAGAAAUUAAGAAAUAACAAUAUUAAGAAAAUGUCUUAAAAAGGUGAAAUGUUUCAAGCGCUGAUGGGUCUACAGUUCUCACUUUUGACAGUUUGCCUGCUGACAGACAGGAAUGUCCUCUCAGAUCGCAGACCGGCACGAUGCCAAAGAGCCGCUGCAAGCUGGAGGGGAAUAGGAGCUGUACGGAAAGCAAUGCUGCUUCCGCUGGGUUUUACAGAAAAGUCCAGGUUAAUGAUCCAGCAAAAAAAACAACUUUAAAAUAUAGUAAGAAAACAAUUCAGACCAGCGGUUCCCUGUCCUGUUCCUAUGGGGCUCCUCUGCAUCUCCUUUGAGUUCCAGCAGUGCUCUUCACUGUGGGCUGGCUGUGUUUAACUGUCCCCCCAAGAUUUUAAACAGGCUUUCAGCUCUUACAGCACUGGGUGGGUUUUGUAGCUGGUAUCGCCCCAGUACUAGUUUCUGACGCCUGUGCAAAGGAAAACCCCUCUCACUGUGGGCGUCUGAUAGGGUUGUUCUCGCCGGUCUCUGGUCUUCGUGACCGGAUCAGCUGUCAGACAGAGAGAAGGGAACAGGCUCUUGCUCAACAUUUGAAGACAGAUCUCCAGGCUGCAUGUUGUUGGACCGAUCCACUUGAAAGUGUGUGUUUUAAAAAACAAGGACCGAGAGUAGGAGUAGAUCUAGUGCUGUAAGCAAGAAAGCAAUUAAAACCAUCAAUUAACACCAGAGACUAACAGCUCAGCUGGAAUGAAAGCCAGCAGGCAGAGGAAUCCCCCAGCAGCAGGGCGGGGGACCACUGAUCUAGACCCAGCAGCAGGAGCUGAAAGCACCAUCAUGGUCUUGACAAAACCGAAAGUUCCUCCGGCUUCUUCACUCUGAAUGGUUGAGGAGCCCGGAAACACUAUCCCAGAAGGUCGUGGUUAGCUACUGAGGGAGCAGGUGGACAUUGGGGACAGUUUGGACACUGGAGGUUCUGGGGCCGGGGCCCAGGGCUGGACUAUAUAUACUGCAUCUGUAACACAUGCGGUCCGCCCGAGGCCGUGCAUGUCGUGUACAGUUUAAUCGCAAGGCCAAGUACCACCACACUCUCUCGCCUCACCGACUCCAUGACAAAUAUUUAUUUUCAGGAUGUAAAUAUUCCUUUGAGCUCUGCACUUUGGUGUUGUGGGUUUGGGGUGGGGUUAUCUGUGUAUAUUAACAGGACCAGUGUUCACGGAGGAGGAGGAGGUAGAUUUUCUCAGUGGAGCUGCCAAACACAGCCCCCGCAUCACAAAACGGAGACGAGCUCCUCCCAGGCGCGAGGUGCUGUUCUCUGUGUCCUGAGACGCUUCCUGACAGCAGUGACUUCCUCAGCUUCCUGUUUCUGAGAGCUGCCAUCAGCACACACGUCAGGGCGGCCAAGAACAAAGCUGAAAGAGCAGCUCUGAGCUACAGAUAAAAGCGCUGUAGCAGAAGGGACCAUUCCCAAGACAUUCACCUUGUGCAGAAGUUUAUAGAGUUUGAGUUCACUCGGCAGAGUCCAAGGAGGAAAUGAAUCGGAGCAGAUCAGGGCGUAGAAACGCUGCACACCCAUCCCAGAGAGAACGUCUACCUCCUCAGCGCUCCGUGGAAAAGAUUUUGUACCGGAACAGAAAAGCAAAAUAAAAAGAUGCUCGUGACCAUAUUCUUUCCCCUGCGGACAGGCCAUUGGUGUUGCUAGAACACAAGCGAGUCGAAUGCGAGAACCAGGAGGAAUCAAAUCUGUGGCUCUCGCUAGUAUAAUGGCCAGGGAUCAUUUAAGAAGCUGCUUGAACAUUUGAGGCAUGAGGUGGAAUCACAGAGUAUUAAACCCAUCAGCAUUCUGAUAAGAUCUUUUCAACUUGGAGCUCAAAGUUAAAAAAAUGACACACCUGUCUGGGCUCAGUGCAGCUGUGUGAUGAAAAAAUGCAAACAUCUCCCCUCAGUGUUGAUAACGGGGGAGCUCAAAUCCAGUCUUGUUGGCCUGCAGUCCAGCAGGUUUUCAAUAUCUGCCUACAUCACAAACAGUCCUCACCUGGGGGCACGUCAGCCUGAUCCAGCUGAGCUUGAAAUGGACCAAUUCAUCCUGCUCCACAGCCUCGCUGCUGCUGGCGAUUCCAAUCCCUACAGAAACCCUGCUGGAUCAGCCUGCUGCUGGAGGGCCACACUCCCGGACCCUGCCAGCCCCACAACCUCACACUCCCACGGUCCAGCCCUUAACUGACUGACUGUGAAUAAUUUGUUUCCAGUUCCGAAACAAGACUGUGAGUUUGCCCUUUAACUACUGCAUUAAAUAAGCUACAUGAAAUCCCUACGUUCCGAGCAGGAAAAAAAAAAACCCAUCCAAACAUUCCAAUCAAACAAGCAGUUAACGCUUCAGUUAAGUAAUUGAGCCGGGCCAGCAGAAUGAAGCUGGCCUGGGGGGUCCAGCUGGGCCCAUACUGACCUCCCUCAGCUCAUACAGGGAGAAGCUGGAUCAGUGCUUCUGCUUUCAGGAGACCUGCAAGCACACUGACAGGCACCUGGUCUCAACUGUCUAAUCAGGCAUUAAUUAAGCUCCAUUGGAUUGAUUCAAUCCUUCUUCCCAGGUAGGAUGGGACACCGGGAGGCAGCAGCUGGCUGCUUCCUGCUCCUUUUGCUUGGAAUCCGGACUCCUGGUUCCCAUUCCUUAUCCAACUUUUCAUCUCCUAGACCUGUUUGCCAACAAGAGCACACCGGGGGUGGGAGGCAGGUUAACUCCUUUCUUGGAAAGAAUAUGGUCCUGGCACUGGUUUCUUCUCUUGUGUAGCUAUUUUUCUGUUUGAUGUUUGUUGUUGGACUAAAUGACCUACUCCCGUUUCACACGUGGAGAUUUGUUUCUUGUGGUAGCUUAAAUUAAUAAGGUUAUUUGUAAUUAUUAUUAUUACAGUUUUUUUUUGCAGUUUGUAUAGAGAUAAUAAAUAUGUUUUCUAAACUUGGA